AUGACUGACAAGCUCCCACCGCCUUUGCUGGCCCUCUUCCAGCCCCGGCCACCCCUUCGCUACAUUGUCCCCACAGACCGCGCUCCAGAGGACUGCCCGAAAAGUACCAUCUCUGGUGUCGCCCAAUAUCUUGCUGCUGCAAAGGAGUUCAACGAAGAGUCACCAUACAAUGCGACCGAGUGUUGGUUGCAGCGCAAAUCGCGCGAGAAGGUUGAGAAGCAGGAGACCUUGACCUCUCAGCUGACUGAUGGCCUGCAAAACUUCAAUCCCAAGGAGGACCCACAAGCUCGAGGUGAUCCAUUUAGAACACUCUUCGUUGCACGACUCAGCUACGACGUGAAAGAAGCAGACCUGGAGCGAGAGUUCGGCCGCUUUGGCCCGAUUGAGCGUAUUCGCAUUGUCAAGGAUACCGUUUCGCCAAAAGCAGAGAAGAAGGCCCACCGAGGAUAUGCCUUCAUCGUCUACGAACGCGAGAAGGACAUGAAAGCGGCAUACAAGGAAACAGAUGGCAUUCGCAUCAAGGAUCGACGAGUCCUAGUCGAUGUGGAGCGUGGUCGCACAACCAAGGGCUGGAAGCCACGUCGCUUCGGCGGUGGUCUCGGUGGCCGUGGCUACACUAAGGCCAUGCCUUCCCGCCCUAUGGGACCAGGUUUCAAUGCACCAUCCGGUCCUGGUGGAUUUGGUGGGGGAUUCCGUGGCGGCUUCGGUGGUAGAGGUUUCCGUGGCGGAGGCUUCCGCGGUGGUGGUGAUCGUUUCGGCGGCCGUGGAGGAAUCGGUUACCAAGGUGGCCGCAGUGGCUUCGGAGGGCAAGCACCACCAAAUGCACCAUCUGGUCCCGGCGGCGGACGCGGAGGUGGUUAUGGAGGCGGUUACGGUGGUGGAGGCAGGUUUGACCGUGGUGUGACUGGCAGCAACCGCGAGCCCGUUCGCCCUCGAGACGCAUACGCAGACCGCGACCGUCGUGACGACCGUGACCGGGGCGAUCGGGGAGAUCGUGGAGAUCGUGGAGAUCGUGGAGACCGCGACGGUGGUGACCGCUACAGAGACAGAGACCGCAUGUCAGACCGCAAUGGAGAUCGGUACCGCGAUCGAGAGCGUGACCGUGAGCGCGAUAGGUACAGCGGUGGUGGCCGAGAGGACUUUGGACGCAAGCGACCCCGUGAGGAUGACGGGUAUGAUGACAAUCGCUCCAGAAGACGAUACUAA